CAUUUUACAUGUUCCUCGUUUACCGUUUAAUCUUAUGUCUGUGAGCCGCAUUACAAAAUCUUUAAAUGUACAGUCACAUUUCUUCCUCAUAACUGUGUUUUUAAGGAUCUCAAGAUGGGGAGGAAGAUUGGUGGGGGCACUGAGCGAGGUGGCCUAUAUUACCUAACUGAUCCUCAACCUACAGCUCUUCAGGCAUCCGAAUCUCCCUACCAACAGCACUGUCGUCUUGGUCAUCCCUCUCUUUAGAGUCUGAAGCACCUUGUGCCCUCCUGUCGUUCCAUUAAUAAGUUGGUCUGUGAGGUCUGCGAGUUUAGUAAACACCGUAGACACUUUUUUACCUAGGGUUGAGCGUCGUGCGUCACAUCCUUUUCAGUAAGUCCUUUCAAACAUUUGGGGGCCUAUUCAUGUACCCAGUGUUUCUAGUUUUCAGUAUUACGUUAUUUUUGUGGAUGAUUUUUCUCGUAUCACAUAUCUUUAUUUAAUGAAAGAGCGAUCUGAAUUGAAAUCUGUUUUUCAAAUUUUUUACAUGGAAGUCAAAAAUCAAUUUGAUACUUGUGUUAAGAUAUUUCAUUCAGAUAAUGCCCGCGAAUAUUUUCACCAUCUACUUUCUCAGUUUUUUACUGAUCAUGGCUUUGUUCACCAAUCGUCGUGCUCUCGAACUCCACAGCAAAAUGGAGUUGCUGAGCACAAGAUUAGGCACUUAUCUGAGGUCAUGCGAGCUCUAUUAUUUCAAAUGCAGGUCCCUAUGUCCUAUUGGAGUGACGCCGUUCUCACUGCAUGUUACCUAAUCAAUCGUAUGCCUUCUAUGGCCUUAGGUGGUCAGAUCCCCCAUACGGUCUUAUUUCCUGGUCAACCUCUCCAUCCUCUCCCUCCUCGGAUUUUUGGGUGUACCUGUUAUGUUCACGCUCUUGACCCUGAUCAGAGUAAACUUGAUCCUUGGUCUUUUAAGUGUAUCUUUUUGGGCUACUCACACCCAAAAAGGAUAUCGAUGUUACUCUCCUAUUUUACGUCGUCACUUUGUCUGUGCUAAUGUCACGUUCAAUGAGUCGUUGCUGUAUUACUCGAAUCCUGUUACUACCACCGACCUUCUUCCGCUUGAGUCUGUAUUACCCAUGGCUAUUCUUACUGGCCCUGUUUCACCCAACCCUUUGCAGGUAAAUGUUCGUUGUUUCCCCGCACCAGCACCGCCUCCGCCUCCUCCACCGCUCCAGUCUGCCGAACUCUCCGUGUCCACACCUUUGUCUUCUCCCCCGUCGCCAGAUCCGCCUACUCCUCGUUAUCCGACGUCCACCGGUAAAAUAUGGUUAUACUACUACCUCGAGCACUUUUCAUCCUAUUUCUUGAUUCAUCUCUUAUGCUCAUCUCUCUCCUUCCCUUCGUGCUUUCACUACUACUGUUUCCUCCGUUUCUAUUCCUAACAAUGUUCAGGAGGCCUUAUCCCGGUCUGAGUGGCGAAAAGCUAUGGUGGAUGAAAUGUCUGCUCUUCAUACAAAUGGCACAUGGGAGUUGGUUACUCCUCCUACAGGAAAGUCUACUAUUGGCUGUCGUUGGGUCUAUACUGUCAAGUAUCUUCCUGAUGGCACUGUUGAGCGUCACAAAGCUCGCCUAGUUGCGAAAGGCUACACCCAGGCUUAUGUUGUUGAUUAUUCUGAUACGUUCUCUCCUGUUGCCAGGCUUUCCUCUGUGCGGAUUCUUAUUUCUCUUGCCGCCAAUCUUGGUUGGCCGUUGUUUCAGCUUGAUGUCAAAAAUGUCUUUCGCCGCGGCGAUCUCCAGGAAGAAGUUUAUAUGGAGCAACCACCUGGAUUUGUUGCUCAGGGGGAGCAUCAUAAGGUAUGUCAUCUUCGCAAGGCACUUUAUGGACUUAAGCAAUCUCCUAGAGUGUGGUUUGGCAAGUUUAGUGAGGCUGUUUUGAGGUUGGCAUGCGUCGAAGUCAAUCCGAUCAUUCUGUAUUUUCCCUUAUGUCAACUCGAGGGAAAGUAUUGCUCAUUGUCUAUGUUGAUGACAUUAUUACUGGAGAUGAUCAGAAAGGGAUCAAAGACCUAAAACAGUUCUUACAUGGUCAGUUUCACACUAAAGACUUGGGUAAGCUACGGUAUUUCUUGGGUAUUGAGGUAGCAAGGUCUAAGGAUGGGAUUAGUUUGUCCUAGAGGAAAUAUGUGUCGGAUAAUCUAGAAGAGACAGGUUUGUUGGGUGCCAAGCCUAUGGAAACUCCAAUGGAUCCUAAUGUCAAACUUUGUGUUGAUCAAGGGGAGGAGUUUUCUCAUCCAGACCACUAUCGUCGCUUGGUUGGUAAGUUGAAUUAUCUUAUCAAUACCCGUCCUGAUAUCUCGUUUGCUGUUAGUAUGGUGAGUCAGUUCAUGUCUGCUCCUCGUCUUCCACAUUGGGAAGCUUGUAUUCGCAUUGUGAAGUAUCUUAAGGCUCAUCCUGGACAUGGUUUAUUUUACCGUUCCAAUGGUCAUCUGCGCGUUGAGGCGUUUACUGAUGCAGAUUGGGCAGGGUCACCUUCUGAUAGACGUUCAACAACUGGUUACUGUACUUUUGUUGGUGGCAACCUAGUUACCUGGAAGAGUAAGAAGCAGACUGUGGUUGCAAGGUCUAGUGCGGAAGCAGAAUAUCGUGCUAUGGCUCAUACUACAUGUGAGGUUGUUUGGCUGAGAACAUUUCUUGAGGAGCUAGGAUUUCAGGUGCAAUUGCCCAUUCCUAUGUACUGUGACAAUCAGGCGGCGAUACAUAUUGCCUCAAAUCCGGUGUUUCAUGAGAGAACCAAGCAUAUUGAGGUAGUUUGUCACAUUGUUCGCGAGAAGAUUGACAGUGGUAUAUUAGCUACUCCGUUUGUGUCUACCGGAGCCCAAUUGGCCGAUAUCUUCACCAAAUCAUUGUUCAAACCACGUUUAGAAUUGUUAUGCAACAAGCUGGGAUUUUGUGAUAUUUAUUCUCCAGCUUGAGGGGGAGUGUUAGAAUAGUUUAGUCCCUCGUCGAGUAGUCAUGUUAUGUAAUAGGUCUCGACAUAAUAUAAAUAAAGCUCUUUAUGUGUUAGGGUUAAUUUAACACCCUAUACACUUAUUCUCUCUCUUUCUAAACAACACAAGGCUAUAAAGAGUCCCGGCCUUUCCUUAACAGGACCCUCCGAGGCCUAUGAAAGGAGGGUUGCUCUCUAAGUAGUAUUCAUUCGAUCUCAACUCCAGAAACCCUGCUGCUCUCAAUGUCAGCAACUCUAUCCCUAGCCAGUCUUGUUUUUCACCCUAAAACAGCCUCUACAACACCUGUCAAUCCAUUUUUCGCAAUCUACGUCUUCUCAGUAAUAAUCUCAAAGAAUUCUUCACAUAAAGGGCGACUAGGAGGGAACAAGACAUGAUAUUUA